CACAAACCCACACCACAAUGGGCGACGCUCCGCGGGGUUCACCCACACCGCGCGCCGCAGACCCGCUCGCGACGCUCGAGUGUCUGCCCGACGACGCGCUCUCGCACGUGUUUGAGCUGCUCUCCGACACCGACCUCGUGCGGCUGCGGCAAGUGUCGCCCAUCCUCAACCGUCGCGUCUUGGCCCUCGGCAUUCCGUUACAUCUGACGCACCACACGUUCUCGCACGACACGCUAUCUCCCCCCUCGGCCGCGUGGCCCAAGCCCCGGCUUUUCGCGCACAACGGCCGGAUAUCGCGUUCACUCGCAGCCCACAGCCUGCACGCCGCGCAGCUGGGCCCACAAUGGAGCCAGCGCGUCAUCCCCGCCCUUAGUGUGUCGUCCGACCGCGUCCUCCUCGGCGUGGGCACCAAGCUCGUCGUCCACACGCUGCACUCUGGCGGGGAGUACGCGCCGCGCGUGGUCGGCCCGCCGAAAGAGAUCCCCUUCGUGUCCAAGUACGCCGGGUCCAAGGCCGACAUUGUCGGCCUGCACCAGCUCCCCGGGGGCAGCGUCGCGGUCGCGCAGUUCGACGGCACGCUGCAGCGCGUGCAACUUGGUGCGGGGCUCAAGUCGACCGCGCACUACGCCGUGCCGAAGGCCGCAAACAUCCACGUCCUCGCCGGCAAGGAGUACACCCUGCUCGCCGGGUUCGGCGACGAGGCUCGCCUGUACGCCGCCAACUCGCCCUGGGUACCGCCCGCGACGCUCGCCCUUGGGCGCGGCGUGCGGCCGUGGUCGGCGCUCGUGACGGACGAGCACGCGUUGGUGGGCGUAUCCGGUGCGAUCCGCGUCUGCGACCGCAACCUUCAGCCCAUACGGGAGCUGCACGGUGCGAAAGUGGGCCACUCGGCGCCGUACGGCCUCGUCGCGGACCCCCGCAAGCCGAGCCUCCUCCUCGCGGCGUGGCAUGACGGCGCAGCAAGGAUGUACGACCUGCGCGCGCCGAGCGCCAGCGCAGUGCUCGAGCUGCGCGACCCGUGGUCGGAUGCCGCGCUGUACUCGGCCGCCUUUGUCGGCGAGUCAUCGGUCGCCGCCGGCUCGGCGCAGCACGGCCAGGUGAGCGUGUGGGAUGUACGCCGCCCCGACGACGGUUGGAGCCUCUUCUCGCCUGGCGGACGGGGAAGCCCAGUCUACGAGCUGCACGGGGAGGGCGGGCGCCUGUGGGGCGUGACGGAGCGCCGCGCAUUCGUGCUCUCGUUCGACGGCGCCGGCGAGGUCGAGCACGGGUUGGUCCAGGCCAAGGUGCCGCCGCCGCGCGGCGGCGCAAAGGACGUGCCGACGGGAUGGAGGCAGCGAGGUGGUAAAAUGGGCUGGACGGUGCAUUAUGGCCAGCACGCCAUCCACGAGGUCACCAUGGGAUAUCUGCAUGGCGAGCGCGGCAUGACCUUGUUCGAGACCAAGGUGCCGGCGUAAGCACGCUAGACAAUACUCUACAUAUCUACAUAGAGCUAGACGCGA